AUGUCAUCAUCGUAUUCGCUACCGACUGCUGCUAGUCCUCCCAAUACCGCUAGCAUAAGUUCACAUUCAACUUCACAUAUGCCUAUGCGACUGAACUGCGAAACAAGAACGAAAAUUGCACCGUCAUUAGUAGAUUACAUCAAACCAAUAAAAAAGAAAAAGGCUCGGACAACAUUUUCUGGACGGCAGAUUUUUGAAUUGGAAAGACAAUUUGAAAUUAAGAAAUACCUUUCGUCUAGUGAACGAUGUGAAUUGGCCAAAUUACUUGACGUUACCGAAACUCAAUCAAAUUUGAUUAUCGCAAUGAGGAUUGGAUCUAAUGCUGCAUACGGUGGAUUUUCGCUUAAAAAAAUAAUUAGUAUGUAA